UAAUUCUCUUUGAUCAUAUUUUUACUUGAGACUUGAGUAUUGCGAUAUAUUAUUUUGUAUAAAAUGGAAAUCGCUCAGAAUUUCAUGGGUCCAGGAGCUACCAAUACCAUGCUGCGAAUCAAUGAGAAUGGUAACGUAGUGGGGACCAUCAUUGUCAACUGCGAAGGUUUCCCAGAGACUACAACUCUGGAUAGUUUGACGGCUGCCACUUAUUCUUCGCACAUGAGAAGCCUCUCGCAUCAUGCCUCUAACGCGCUUAAGGAAAUUGACGUCACCGAUGAACUGGUGGUGUUGAGGCUGGUCUCCAGGAAGACAGAGGCCGUGGUGGCUCCCGACCCUGAGUUCCACCUCAUCGUCGUCAUGAGGAAUUAAUAUUCAAUGAUAUUGGAGUGUUAAACGAAAAUUUUAAAAAAAUCUAA